AUCAGACAUCUUUCUGCACUGAAAUCGAGACUAAUCACAGCUGCACAAAAUACCAUUAUUUUAUACCAGAUUUAAGAGAAGUUAGAAAGAACUAAGGGAAACUGACAAGAGGAGAGAUGAAGCUUCUGACAACCGCCCUCGUAAUCAUUCUUCUUACAACAACCUCCGCUAAAUCGAUCCGUCGGCGCUGGCGUCAUGAUGCCGACGUCGCUGGCAAUGACAUGAAACAGAUAUGGCUGGAUGGGAAUGGGAGGUUUUGGUGGCCUAAUGAAUCUUCCAACAACAGAGACUCUUCGUCAGAGUCAGAGGAAUCAUCUGAAUCAAGUGAGUCUUCGGAAAGUCAAUCUUCUGAGGAGUCAUCGGAGGAAGUUCUUGUCACCGAUCAGACCACAGCACCAAUGACAACUGCUGCCAUGACCACCGCCGCCAUGACAUCUGUCACUAUGGAAGAGGGAAGUACGGUCACCCCUGAAUCAGGCACAAGCAACACAGACAAGCCGAAUGUGACAGAGACCAUGCCCAUUGCCACAUCACCUGGCGAUGUGACUCAUUGUGUUACCGAGGAAAUUCCAACGGCAUUUCCCGUCACAGAAACCAGAGGAGACAACUAGGCAGCUGUCAUCCCUGUUAACCAACUGCAAAUAACAACUAAACACAUUCCUAUCAAGGCUUUGUCAUUUUAGGGAAAUUUCACAUCUAGCUGUAAGAGUUACACCUCAGAGGUUUGAAUGGGGGCUGGCUUUAUAAACUUGGGAAGCAAAGGUUAAGGUAUAAGUAGAGAUACUCAGUAAGGCUGGUUUGAAAUUAGAAGGUGCAUUUCCUUUAAUGACCACUAGAUGUUUGUCCAAAAACAGUAUAUUGAUGUCAUUUUGAAUUCUUUAAAGUUUGAUUUGGCAAUCUUGAUUUUUUUUUUUUCAUUAAGAACUCUUUAUGGCUUAAAGAAAGGAGAGUUUGAGCAUCUGGUUGAUUGGCAGAUUUCUUGGCCUGUGUCGAAACAAUGGAUAACAGGCUGAAUAGUCAACUUCUAGAAAGAAGAGGUCAAAGGUGCAGAGAUUUUACGAACCCCACUCAUAAAAGAUGUGACAUUUUCAGGCCAUUUUUGGUUCUCAAGGUGAGGCAAAGUGACGUUAGUUUAAAUUUAAAAAUCGCAGUCCUUCUCAGAGUCAAAACUGUGAUUGGCGAAGUCCAUUGCGAAUAAAACUUCCAUAAAUCAGCUGAGAAAUCACAGAAAAAAGAGGUUUUCUUCAGGGUAAUCCAGUGACAGUUGUCAGUACAUCCAUGGGUACAUGGGUACAAAGAGGAACUGUUUGUAAACUAAUAUAUUCUCAAAAGAGAAUUGUACCUACUACUAGUACCUACCUGUAGCUGCCACUACAGCAGCCCAUGAUGAGCUCUCACUCUCCUGAUCGCUUUAAUAUGUUUCUGGCGUCAAAUUGGUUUCUCAAAUAGUCUUAGGCUAUUUAUUGGUGUUGGCAUGUUUCCAUCUCUCACAUUAGCCUACAUUGUCACACUGAGCUAAUAAAAAGGGGAGGGAAAAAGCAGAAGGAAGCAAUCCAUCCCACGAUAAAAACUCGGAGAUCCACUUUCAAGACCACACUCAGGACAGGACUGAAAUUACAGGAGGACCAAAGAGGAUGCUGAAAAACAGUACGUAAUUCGAUCUGUAAUUAUUAGUGUGGUGGUAGUACCCGCAUAUGCACAGGAUUAAAAUGACUUUGCUUUUGAUUGGAAUUAGGGAUAUUUAAGGCAGUAAACUCUUAAGUCUCACAGCUGAAUCACAAGUUCAGAGUUUUAACAUCUGCUGCCCCAACCAGUUAGUGUGGAAGUUGACAUUUUCAAUAACCCAUACCUUUGCUUAUAUACAGUACAUUAUUACAUACUGUGUUUUACUACAAACAUUGUUCGGUUUUUAAAAAAAAACAUUGUUUUGUUUGUAAUAUACAUUCAGGUGUACUACUGAGAUUAUGUUGAUUGUUUUUUGUUGUUUGUUUGUUUUAGCCAUCAAAUGGUGAUGCUGCAGAACUUUCAUAAAUACUGAAGCACUUAGAUAUAUGAUAUAUGAUAUAUGAUAUAUGGUGGCAUAACAGAAACAGAUCAGUGGCUCAGUCAUGGUUUGAGUUAUUUUAAGUAUUAACUGGUCAGUGAAGUACAGGCAGGAUAUUUGGUGGGUUUUCUAGGCCUAAAAUAAAGUAUUCGUUUUUAUUUUUUACUAUUUUGUAAGGAUUUUCAAGGGCAGCACCUUUAGCACAUGUUUUUCAAAACGAGCAAACAUCUCAAACAUCUUCUUAACGAGACCAGGAAAAAAAGCAUAAGACUUAAAGGCUUAAAAUCCUACAAACUUUCGGAUUUAAUGGGCUGAUUCAUCACAGUUCAGUAUUUUACAGGGAGAAACAAACAUUGUUACUACAUAUUGCAUAUAUUUCACUGACAUUUUACCAAAAAAAAAAAAAGGAAUAAAGUACCCAGAGUCUGUAUCCAACAGCAGUGUGUUUAUAGACUGUGGAGGGUGUGUCUUGUUUGUCUUGUUGGCUCUUGUCUGUUGUCAAUACAUGCUGAAUUAAGAUGUAGUUAAUGCUGCAGUGGUAUUAUUUAAUUAUCUGUUGUGAAUGUAUCCUUUGCUAA